AUGACGAUUAGUAGCGAGAUCUCUAAGCUUAAGCUGCUAUUACUUAGUGACACAGGAGGAAAGAUGCAGCGUGUAAACGAAAUGUGUGAAAAGCUGGUGAGCUCUGAAGACUGCGAUGUUAGCGCUGUGCUCGUGUCUGGCGGGCUGGUGGCCAACCGUUGGCCGCAAGACUAUGAAAGGCUCGAGGCAGUGGCAGCCGCUGAAGGAGACAUGAUGGCGCUCAUAUCGCGGCUUGAGAUGAUAAUCUGUCGCGUAAUCUAUAUCACAGACGAUAACGACCCGCCUACGACGCAUAGCAAAACUGCUUCGGUGCCAUCCUUGACGCAGUACUCAUCCAAUAUAAAUUACCGAGACGAGACAAUUGUGGACGGUGUGACGGUCAUGGGCGAAGCUCGAUAUUUCAAAUUGAUAAAUGAUGGCAAGGAUCCUAUGCAGGAUCGUGACAUGGUGUUGGUUCUGCGUGACUCUACAGCGAAGACACAAUUGCCUGCUGCAGAAAGCUCUUUCUUUGCUGGUUUACUUCCAAUGUUGCAUUCCAACAAGUUUAAAGAGCCGUGUGCGAUCGAAAUCAUUGGCGGCAGUACCCCCCAUCCACACGUUCAGCUUCCAGUGAUUUAUUCAGGCUCACUACAACUGGGUCAGUACACAAUUUUGCAGCUAGAAAAAGAUUCUCCAAACGACAAGUGGUGCGUUGCAGCCGUUACCUCACAUGAGCUCAAGUCCGAAGACGACGAGGGAACGCACGACUCCGUCAGGGGAAAACCUGGCGAUACGUCGAAUUUGCGGGAGCUAGAACGGCUGCGCGUUUUGGUUAUGUACGAAUUUGAGCCGCCGUUGAGCAGCCAAGAGCUUGUGGAAGCGCUGCGCUCCCAUGAUAAUCAUGUGGAGCAUGCGUGCGAGUAUCUUAAAUUGAGUCGCCGCCACAAACGAUUGAGUGGAAUCACGACGUCUACACCAUUGGAUAUAACUAACGUGAGCAUGAUGGCGCCAGAGCGGGAAAAGCGGCGUCUUAGUGUCUCAUCAGUGGACGAUAAGAGUACGCCGAGCAAGAGGCACAAAGAUUGCACUUCUUCGUCGACAGACACGUCCGAGGAAGAGGAAGAGCAUGAGAGCGAUGAGGAAAAACUUACGCAGCAGGAUUGUGUGCUCAUCAGUGCGCCAAAUUGCUCCAGAGCGCAACAAUUGCUGAUUCAGACAAUAGAGGACCGUGUUGCUUCGGAACAGCCGUUGCGAAAUCCUGAAUGGCUUCACCAAGUUUGGACAAGUUUGCGUAUACCGGCUAUCUUAGAGAUAGGAAUGCAACUUAAUUUGACAGUGGACGCUUCUGUAACGUGGGUGAAAGGUGUAGACCCUAAGUUUUCAUCUGAGAUCCAACCUCGAGCAGCUGCACUGAUCGUUGAGGUACUGGCUAAUUUGCCGACAUGCACGAUUGAUACCGCUUCCAAUGAAGUGGGGUAUCUAUUAAAAGAUGAUGUAUUAUCGAUGAAAGUAAACGAUGUGGAAUCUUUUGUACAAGCUGAGAGUGAAGCCGCUGAAGGUUGUGCGUAUGCUCGCGCAAAUGCUGCGAAAUUAGCUAUCGAAUCACUGUCAUCAGCUUGUAAUGCGUACAUGGAUCGACUUAUUUGGUUUAAGGAGGAAGAUGAUAAGAAUACUAAAGAAUCAACCGAGGUACGGGAAAUUAUGGAAGUACUGAGUCAAAAGUUGGCUGUGCUGGUUGAUGAUAGCAAUCGUGACGUGGAGGUGGCUAGCUGCGUUUUGUGCGAGGCAAAACAAAAGAAAGAAGUGCGAUCAAUGCAAAUUGUUGAAGUUGUGCAUAAACGACGCGAAGAACUAUUAAGCAAGGGCGAGACGGAAGCAUGUGCGACUCUCGACUCGGUUGUUGGGGUGUGGAAAAAAGACGACAGUGAAGUGCAAGCACUAUGGACAUCUCGUAGCGAGUGUGAACGGCAAGUAAACGAAUCUGAGCGUACUUUGAAGGUUACUAAACAUGCGUCGGCAUUUUACAAAAAUCUGCAAAUUUUGUUUCAAAAAGUUCGUGAAAGACGUGAAAAAGCGUUGAUAAGCUCGCUGAGUGGGCUUAAGAAGGCACGCGAAGGUUCAGACGCUCAAGCUACCGCAGCUUUGAAAAAGUUCGUGCCCAUGCUCGCACGCGCGCUCGGUCAAUUCUAUGAGUUUCAUUCGAUUCAGCAGCUGAAAGCUAAGGAGGAACUACGUGAGCAGGAGACUGCAUUAGCAGCUCAUAACGAGUAUUUUGGAGACUCUGCUCCUAUAAAAAAGGGGGAUCUAGAGCGGCGAAUUCAGGAGUUUAUUGGUGUCACGGAACGAUCUAUGCAAAUAAUAAUGGAAUUGGCGGAUCGUCAGCAGCAACUAUGGACUGAUAAACAUACAGUUUUACCCGAAUCAGUGCGCAGCAUACUGAUCGACGAAUUUAAAGCGGUAUGGGCGCAGUUGAGUGGUCCGAUCAAGGACGUGAUGAAAAACGUUGUCGCCUCACUUGAAGAAAUUGCUGGAGAUGCAGUGGCAGUGGAAGUGCUGCGCGAUAAACAUAUGAUGCCUGAUUCUAGUGUUUCUAUGAUAGUCGCGUCAAGUACUUCAGAUGAGCAAAUUAUUCCAGCGUUUACAGAGCCAGCAUUUCUGAAAUCGCACGUCGAGGCUAUUUCGCCAUAUCGAACGGCAAUUUCACCCGUCGUUGCUCAAAACCUGACUUUUAGCUUGCCAGAUGAGGAGAUGCCCAAGACGUGGAUAAGUUCUUUGCCUGGCAACAACGAGAACGAAACUGCAUUCCCGCUACAUCAUGCGACCCCUGCACCUGGUGAAAUGCAAUAUAACUUUGAAAUUGGCUCAAAUUUGUAUUCGAGAAUCACUGCGGGGGAAAGCUGCUCACAGUUUGUUCGUGGCGUAGUGCUCAAGCGUUUAAGCAAUGGCAUGUACUUGAUGCAAUACGAAAACGGCGACAAGUUUUCGGUGGACGGUUCGUACCUUUUCACAAAGGAUAUGAUGGAGCAGAGUUUAAAAGUUGCUGGAGCAAUAAGUUCAGACGAAAAUGUUGAGAUGGAGAGUGCUGAGCAAACCAGUACAGGCGACAAAAUUCCUAUGAACACUAGCCAUCACAAAGAAAGCGUCGCGAGUGACGUCUGGCAAGAAAAGAUCGAGCAACUUCAGAAUGAGCUGGUCUUAGCGCAGUAUGAGGCGCAAAAGUGGAAGGAAAAGUACCACGUGGAGAAACGACGACGUCAAAUGACAGCAAGAGACUUAUUAAAUCUUGUCAUGCUCACAGAUCGCUUCUCGAAUGAGAAAAAUACGUUAGAAGAUGUUAAAACAAUGGAACGAUCAUUGAGUUCAGAUCACAUAGUUAAUCUACUGAGCCCUACAUUAUCGUCAUUUGACUUCGAUGAUGAUUCCAGCGAGGAUGCUAGUGAUGAUAGCAGAGAUCAAUCGCCAGAGACUUUAUCAAAUAUUGUAGAGGCGACGAAAGCUUUGGAACAGCUAGACCAACAAUCAACCAUGUACCAUACGAACACGAGUGUGGGUAUUUCUGGUCGUGUGGGUCGGUCAUCAACCACUGGGUCUUUAAGAGAAGCUUUAGGUGGGUCAUCACGACGUGUCUCAGAUGUGAAGAGUGAGCACUUGAAGCAACAACACCUUAUGUACCGGAUUUUGUAUGCUAAUUCGUCUUCACGCGAUUUAUGGCAUGCGCGAAUUCACCCGCACAAUUUAAAAAAUGUGGCAUGCUCCAUCAUGUUUUCAACCCAUAUGAAAAAAGAGCGUGUUUUUGAACACUUCUUUGUGGUGGGGACGACGCAAAAUGUAACAGAGCUUUGUUCUGGGUACUACAAACCAAAGUUGCUUUAUCACCAUCCGAACCAUAUUAGUGAUUCACCUGAUGAGUCCGUCGCCGAUUUUUGCUUUCCACGAGGUGUACCUUCGAUCAUGUGUACUCCUGCUCAAGCGAAAUCCAUUCAAGGUGUAGCAGUGUCGAAAUGGUUUACUGAUAUUGAGUCACUUCAAGAUCACAUUAAAGAAGUCCCUUCAACAAGCGGCUACACAUUUCGCCUCACUGGGGCAAAAGGCGAGAUUCUUUACGGUUUCUGUGUUGCUGUGAUGAAAAAUAUAGCAGCCGAGAACUUGUCAAAAGUGGAUCCGAUGUUGACAAGCCCUCGUAUAGAUCGGAUGUCAGAUCAGAUAGAUAAUUCUAUCCCAUCGAUCUCGACGCAAGAGAAGAAUACUAAUCUGCUUCAUAUGAUGGCACCAAUAUGUUUUUGCUUUACAAGUAAGUUUCCCUUUUAUCGUCUUCAUUUUACGCUUUUACGCAUGAUCGUUGAAAACGAGCUUGAGCAGUACAGCCAAUUAUCCAAUAAUUCUGUGAAUGACUCAAAAAAAGAAGCUGAAUACACUGAGCAAUAUGAAAUCAUUUUAAGGCCGCAGCUUAAUCUUGUAAUUGAAUUCACGAUCUACCACGAAGAAAACUUUGGCGUGCGGGAUCAAUUUAUCGAUUCAGAAUCAAAUCAGCAAAAGAGAUUAAAUUCAAUUGCGUCAAAGCUGGACAUUUCUUUGGUAGAUGGACGUGUUGUGCUGAGUGAAGAUGCCCCUAAAAUUUCCGGGGCUAAUCAAUCUAGUUUUGAGUCGAAAAAGCUUUCAAGCCAGCUUCGAAAAAGUUUUAGCACCGAUAAUAUUGACAAUUGCAAAGUAGUCAACGGGUGGAUUUUAGACAAACCCAUGGUAAAGAGCGUCGGCUUAACCCAGCCUAAAGAAUACGAGGGGGUGAAAGUGGGGGAUAUACUCGAAUCAAUCGACAGCAUUGCGACGGCAUCAAUGAGUUUUGAGCAAACGCAGGCACUGCUAGAGAAAGGGACUCGCCCAAUGCGUCUCCAUUUUCGUAGAUCUGCUUCAACGCAGAUAUCAAUGUCAACUACUGAGCAAAAGCAGCCGGAUGUCCUGUUACCCACUUCUGUCGAUAUUCUACACCGUGCACGACGAAUCAAAAUAAAUGAUCCGGGGCACUGGUCUUCGGCUCGAUUACCAACAUUUGAAUUUAGCUAUCAGUUUCCAAAACGUCAGUCUGACCGCUGGGCAGUUGGUGUUGUGUUACGAUUUUUGUCGCCAGACAAGGUGGUCGAGAUCAUAGCCAACCUGCUGCUUGAAAAGCAAGUUGUAAUUAUGAGUGAGUGUCCAGCCAAGGUAUCGGCUGUUUGCACAGCUCUCUUGCUUUUGCUUUCUCCUUUCCAGUGGCAGUCGACGUACAUUCCUCUCUUGCCUUCAAAUCUGCUGGAUUUCUUGCAUUCUCCUGUGCCGUUUUUGGUGGGAUGUCAUUCGUCGAAUGAAACCUCUGAAUGGUCUGACGUCUGCUUUUACGAUAUCGACAACGACAACAUCGUUGCACCUGCUGCAACAGGACAUUGGAGUCCUGAGUUGAUUUUCAACGGCGUCGAGCUUUGUCGCUUACUUCGGAAAGCUAGAGAUCGCUUCUGUGCGCUAAGCCCUUCUGGGAAGCCGUGGUAUGAACUCUCUGAGGAAGAAGAUACGAUCAUCACACUGACAAUGCAAGAAGCCGAGAUUUUUUUGCGAGAUAUGGGGUUCGACAUUUCAUAUCAAGACUUGGCAGCGUCGAUCCCAGAAGGUCAAAGUCUUUACGAUCGGUUGCAAGAAGAAGUAGCCAAGGAACCUCUUACAGCCUGA